CGAAUAGGCUGCGGGGCGGGACCUGGUGGGGGCGGAACCUUCGAUGCACAAGUCGCAAGCGGCGUCUAGUGGUCGCUAUUUUCGCGCCAAACUUGAGGGGAACCCUAGCGUGCAGGCUCUCUAGAAGCUGAUCGCCGCUUGUCAUGGUUCGAACGCUGAACUGCAUCGUCGCCGUGUCCCAGAAUAUGGGCAUCGGCAAGAACGGAGACCUGCCUUGGCCUCUGCUCAGGAACGAAUUCAAGUACUUCCAAAGAAUGACCACAACCUCCUCAGUAGAAGGUAAACAGAACCUGGUGAUUAUGGGCCGGAAAACCUGGUUCUCCAUUCCUGAGAAGAAUCGACCUUUAAAAGACAGAAUCAAUAUAGUUCUCAGCAGAGAGCUCAAGGAACCGCCACAAGGAGCUCAUUUUCUUGCCAAAAGUCUGGAUGAUGCCCUAAAACUUAUUGAACAACCAGAGUUAGCAAAUAAAGUAGACAUGAUUUGGAUAGUUGGAGGCAGUUCCGUUUACAAGGAAGCCAUGGAUCAGCCAGGCCAUCUCAGACUCUUCAUAACAAGGAUUAUGCAGGAAUUUGAAAGUGACACGUUCUUCCCAGAAAUUGAUUUGGGGAAAUACAAACUUCUCCCAGAAUACCCAGGGGUCCUUUCUGAAGUCCAGGAGGAAAAAGGCAUCAAGUAUAAAUUUGAAGUCUAUGAAAAGAAAGGCUAACAGAAAGAUGCUUGCUGGUUGACUUCAAGUUCUACUGCUUUCUUCCUAAAAUUAGCAUUUUUACGAGACCGUGGGACUUGUGUUGGCUUUAGAUCUAUGAGUAAUUCUUUAUUUAGGGAGGGGUAAUUCGGAGGAAGUGUUUGUUUUGCAGUGUUGGAAAUGGAACUAGGGCCCUGCAUGCUGGACACAUGUCCUGCUAAGCCAUGCCCCAGCCCCUGUAUAAUUCCAAACAAUGUUUUCAUUUCCAUUAAUCUAACCAGGUUAUAUUAAAUAUAUUUUAAGACACACCACUUGCUAUAAAAAUUUCAAUGCCCCUCUUAUGCCGCCUCAGGUGAGUACCCCAGUAGAUGCAGAGCAUAGUGUGCGUACAAGAGACCCCAAAGAUGUCGAGCCCCUGAGAGCACACUGUGGGGACUCAUAGAGCUAGGAGCUAGACAGACAAGUCCAAAGGGCAGAAAUGGGUUUUAGACAGCAGAGCUGGAACUCAGACUUUAAAAGAAAAUUAGAUCAAAGUAGAGACUGAAUUAUUCUGUGCACGUCACACUCUCGGCAAAGUUCUGUUCACUCAGACAGAAAACCAGUAAAUUGAGAGCUCCAUUGUGCUGCGUGGAGAUGGGAGCAGGUGGAAGAUUAUGUAAGGUCUAAAACAUUUAACUUCUCCGUUUCUCAUCUUCAGUAAGAUUCCAAGGGAUAUGGCAGUGACAGAACAAGAAUAGGCUGCUUCUACCAAAAGAAAAAGAGAGAAAAAAGCCUAGGUAAUAGCAAGCAUAAUAGCUCCUGUUAAGAAUCCAGAGAUAACGAACUGAGAAUGGAUAUUGCUUGAGAUGAAAAUUAGUAAGUUAGAAACUAAACUUUAUGAAAAUGAAGAGUUGAGAGUUAAAGAGGCUUUCCUGACAUCUCAGCAGGGCUUAUUUAUAUCAUCAGGUCAAAAAGAUAGUGUUUUCAGACCUGUAUUGUAAAUUAAUACAAUUUUUUUUAAAGAUUUUUUUUUAAUCUUUUACUUGUCAACUUCAUAUAUGGAAAUCCAAAUGCCCACUCCUACUCCCUCCACGACCUUCAUGUCCUCUUUUUUGUUUUCUGUGACCCACUGAAACCAGUUAAGGCUUUCUUUAUGUUCCUAGGUGUGGACCAUCCACUGGGGUAUGGGCAACCUCCAGUGGCCACACCCAGCAGCCAUCAGUUGCCAAUAGUUCUUCAGCUGUGGGUGGAGCCUCAUGGGCCUCUCCUAGCCAUGCUGUAGUAUUGACUGGAUCUAUCUGUAGAUCGCCAUAGCUGCUGUGAGCUUAUGAGUGCAAUGGCCAUGUCAUGUCGGAAGACAGCAUGAUGUUCCAGCACUCUUCCCAAUUUUUCAGGUCGUUCAUUCUGUCCACUGCUCUAACUCACCAUGACCUGAGCUGUAGUCGAGGUUGUCGGUAUAAACGGCCUUAUUCAGAACUGAAUAUUAAGCAAUCGUUUAUUCUCUCCAAUCUGAUCAUUUAUGAGUCCUGUGCUGACUGCUGACCACUACACAAAGGAACUUCUCUGACCAGAGUUAUAAGCAGCACUGAUCCAAGGUAUAAGCACAGAUACUUAGAAGGCACCUCAAAAAUGUAUCCAUUUAGCAAAGCAGCAGGAGUAGGUUCCCCCUCAGAGCCCAUUAAUUCCACAGCCAUGGGCAUUUGACCAGUUUUACAGUACCAUACAUAGGAAUUCUCUCCAGUGGAGUGGUCCCUCAGGUCCUAGAGAGCACUUGGUAACCACUGUGGUAGCCAUGCCAUUACCGUACCUGUACAUUAGUAUUGUAACGUGCACCGCCUACUGCUAGGUAAGUCCAUGAAUGACUUUUCUCCCCUGGUGGUAGGCGUCACAACUUCUGGCACUGUGAAAGCUAGCCAGUAAUGAGGAAGUUUGCAGCUCAGUUCCAGAUUGAUGUCUCUAUGUCCUGCAACUAUUGCUGUGUUGUCCUUCAGUAGUGGAGACAUAACCAUCUAGCUGUGCUGACCAGCCAAGAGCAAUGGUAAUAGCCUAUGUUGUUUAGGGAGCCUCUAUACCAAUUGCUCUGAGGAGAGAUCCCAUACCUUGCACUGAGAGUUUUAUUUAAUGACUUAUGUUUUCAUUUAAUAGCCAGUGUCUACUAGUGCAUAGGGUACCACCAAACUUUUUUUUUAGUUAUAAUUAUCUUACAAAGCAGUGGGGUGUUUUGUUUUCUCAUACGUCCUUAGUUUUAGUUAAGCCAUACUAUAGAUAGAGUCUUUUGAAUGUAAGUUAGUAAUCAAUUCAAAUUUAUAAUAUUCUACGUUUGGACCCAGAAAUACUACCUGAUAAUCAUGAACAAAUUUAUGAACUCAAGGAGCCAGAAGAGCAGCUGAGUCAGUUCCCAUAAAGCAUAGGAACUGAGUUUCUUGUGUAUCAGCUUCCUCUAAAAUUAAAACCUUUCUUGGAGGGAAGUUGUGUGAAACAAUAUGUUAUGGAGGAGGUAAGAGGAUAUACUAAGGGUGGGCAGAACAGUCCAUCCUGCUAAGAGGUUCCUUAAGUUCAGGAAGUAAGCAACUCAAAAGGGUUUAGGAAGUUCCUGAAACUGACCAGGUACACUAGGCCCCUCCCUUCCCAAGCAUAUAUGAGCAGUGAGUGAUUGCUGAGGGACACUGAGACAAGCUGGCUAUGUAGCACAGGUGAAGCCUCCUGGAAAAAGCAGAGGCCAGUGAUGCUGUCUGAACUACCUGGAAAGGGCACCCCAACCUGUUGAGCUGCUUGUAAACUACAGGUUUCCAGAUUUCAUGAGCUGUCACCCAUGCUGGUGUGGGCUUUUGGUGGUACAGUAAUCUGUGAGUCAUUGCUGCUUCUGUAAGUAACCCCAAUAAAAUUCAUUG